UUUUUAUCACCAUAAGAUGGAUAUGCUAGUGUACAAAUCGCCUCUCAUGUUCUACACCGAGGAUGAGAUACAAAGGAUUUUGAAUGGUCACGGAAUAAAAGUGGAUCAGCUUUUUGAUUAUGUCAAGAUCAUCAAGGAUUGGUUGAAGACGCAGCCUCACAUCCCUUUGGAGCCUAGCGAUAGGCAAAUUGCUUAUUUCCUGUUAAUGAACAAAUUUUCCAUAGAAAACACUAAAGUGAAGUUGGACGCGAAUUACACUAUCAAAGGUUUAAUACCUGACUUUUUCAAUAAACCUGCAUCGCAUCCGGACAUUAAAAGAGCUCUGAAAUUCGCAAAUUGGGGAUUUUUACCGAAAUUAUCCAAGAACUUGAACCGCGUCGUCAUCUGGCGUUUGAAAGAUGCGGAAGAUCUGGACGUUUCACUGUUUUUCACCAUUUGCUGCAUCUUUUACGAGCUUAAAACUAUUUUGGACUUUAAUAAUGCGGAUGAGUACAUUUUCGAUAUGUCGUAUUUUCCGCUCUCCGCCGUCGGAAAAUACACUCCGACGAAAGUCAAAUGGUUCAUGACUAUUUUGGAAAAAGUUUACUCGACUCGUAUUGCCGCUUUACACUACGUGAAUUUACCAUCACAUGCCCUAUCAUUCAUCAAGCUGAUUAAAAUGUUUUUAAAGCCGAAACUACGAGAAAGGAUUAUCUUUCAUGAAAAUUUCGAUAGUUUGCAUGAAUAUUACGAUGUGGAUCAACUUCCCAAAGACUUUAAUGGAAACGGUCAAAGCUUUGCUGAAAUCAAUGAGGGAACAAAAGAGUUAAUUAUUGAUCACGAAGAUCACUUAACGAAGGUGUUCAGCGCCAGAGUAAAUGAAGAGCUAAGACCAACGAAAUUAACAAAUGACGAUUUGUUGGGUUUCCAUGGCAAUUUCAAGCAAUUAGAUUUCGAUUUGUUUUCUAAACAAAACAGCAAGAUGAAUUGCGAUUUGAAAGCGAAAUCUCCUUGCUUGGAUUAUACCGAUGAGGAUUUCAAGAAGAUUUUGGAGAAUCGUGGACGGAAAUUGAGCGAAGUUGAGGAAGAUGUUAAGGUUAUUAAGGAAUGGUUGAAGUUGCAGGCGCAUUUGCCUAUGCAUCCAACUGAUAGGCAAAUCGUGUGUUUUCUCGUGAUGAAUAAGUUUUCCAUUGAGAAAACUAAGGAGAAGAUCGAUAAUAAUUAUACUAUUAAAACCUUGGUGCCAGAUUAUUACAAUGUUUUACCUACGAGUCCUGAAAUUGAAACGUCCUUCAAAACUAAUACUUGGGCGACUUUGCCGAAGCUCACGAAAAACUUGAACCGAGUGCAUGUUUAUAGAUUGGAAGAAACUGAGGAUUUCAACGUGACUACGAUGUACGCUAUAAUGAUGCAUCUUUUGGAGCUUAGAACCGCUAUGGACUUCAGCGAUUCCGAUGAGUAUAUAUUCGAUCUGAAGAACUUCACGAUGGGCGUCAUCACUAAAUAUAACCCAAUGGACAUCAAGAAGGUCUUCACGAUCAUAGAGAAAGUCUACUCCUUCCGUGUAGCAGCGUUGCAUUUGAUCAAUUUACCUUCGUACGCUGAAAGCUUGGUAGCCUUUACCAAAACCUUGAUGAAAUCCAAAAUCGGCGACAGGAUCAUAAUCCAUAAAAGCUACGAUUCGCUUCUCGAACACUACGAUAAAGAUGAGUUACCUUCAGAUUUUGGUGGUACUGGAAAAUCUUUGUUGGAAAUUAAAGAUGAUGUGAAGAAAAUGUAUAAGGAUAAUGAAGAGUACUUAAUGAAGGUCCUUCAGGCGAGAGUAGAUGAAUCCAAGAGACCCUCGAAACUCGUCAACGACGAUUUGCUUGGUUUCCAUGGCAACUUCAAGAAGCUGCAAGUCGAUUGAUCUUUGAUGCAUAUUCAGUUUUUUUUUAAAGAAAAAAAGAGAGUAAAGUUA